GGAAGAUGGCGGCCGCAGGUCCCGGCUGUAGGGAGAGGCGACGCUGAGCCCCUCAGCUCCGGACCAUGAGCUGGCUUUGCCGCUGGGGAUGCUGGGGCUGAGGACUCCAACCCCCGGGGAAGGAAGAUGCUCCAGACCAGCAACUACAGCCUGGUGCUGUUCCUGCAGUUCCUCCUGCUUUUCUACGACCUCUUCGUCAAUUCCUUCUCGGAGCUGCUCCGCACGGCCCCCGCCGUCCAGCUCGUCCUCUUCAUCAUCCAGGACAUCGCUAUUCUCUUCAACGUCAUCAUCAUCUUCCUCAUGUUCUUCAACACCUUCGUCUUCCAGGCUGGGCUGGUCAACCUCCUCUUCCACAAGUUCAAGGGGACCAUCCUGCUGUCAGCGGCCUACCUGGCGCUCAGCAUCUCCUUCCACGUCUGGGUGAUGAACCUGCGCUGGCGGGACUCCAGCCGCUUCGUGUGGACCGAAGGCCUGCAGACCCUUUUUGUUUUCCAGCGGCUGGCGGCCGUGCUCUACUGUUACUUCUACAAGAGGACGGCGGUGCACCUGGGUGACCCCCUCUUCUACCAGGACUCGCUCUGGCUGCGCAAGGAGUUUGCGCAGUUCCGCGGCUGAUGGCUCCCCUCGGGCUCUGGGCGACCC